AUGCGCCAAUGUCUACGCAGCGACCGUCCUGGCGACCUACAACACCCUGACAACUGUGGCCGACCGAACCGUACAUCUCGCCAUAAGCAGCCACGCACCGCAAAGAAACAUACCGUCGUCCUCUCCAUCCUCGCCGCCUCUCUCCCCGUAGCAAUGGCCCAGCAGAAUUGCAUAUCGCUCCAAGGUUCCACCGCCUGCCCGGCUUUCAGCACGGCAUCAAUAAGCACUAAUUUAACCGGCGACUUCUCUUUUCUAUCCUUCGUGUCAGAUGUAAAGUCCUUCGACGACAAGUUACGAAAUUACAUCGCAACCAGCUACUCGGAACGACAGUAUAAGAAUAUUCUGGGCUGUUCGAACGUUAACCUUACCAACACUACCAACCUUUACGCCCGCUAUACCACCACGGUCCUCUGCAAUGCCAUUGUCCAGAACUCCAGGGUGCCAUGUGGGCUAAGCAAUACAAAUGCAACGCCGCUGUGUGCCGGUGCCUGCGCUGAUUUCGCCAUCAGCGAGCAGGUAAUAGUGUCAAGCCCAGAACUAUGCGGCACUGCCGGUAACAAUGCGGUUCCUCAAAUUCGGUCAGAUUUUGCUCGCUGUUCAAAUCCGACCGAAGCGCUCAGUGGUCGUUGCAUCGAAGCAGCGUCGAACGAAGGCUACGAGUGCGGCUAUCAGGGAAAUCUGCAGGGACUGUGUUCGUAUUGCUCAGACAGCACGGUCAACUCCACAAACUCGUGCUGCAUCAAUGCGAACGUCAACUCGCGCUGCGUGGGCGUUGAACUCCCAACGACAGUGUCGAUGCCACCUCUGUUCCCCUCGAGCACUUCGUCUGCCACACCAUCUUCAACUUCAGCUGGAGCAGGGACAGGUCGUUCUGGAUCCGGACUUUCUGGAGGUGCGAUAGCAGGCAUCGUCAUCGGGUCGCUCGUCGGCGCGGCCCUUAUUCUUGCAGCUGUCAUUUUCUGCUGUCUUCACGCGCGCAAACAGAAAAAUAGACGUCAGGCAGACAGCAUCUUUAAUACGCCGUCUCCACCGCGGCGUCAAUCUCCAAAGGGGCCGCCAAUGCCACCUAUGAGUUAUGCCGAUGAUGGUCUCGCCCCUCCCAGCAUUCUGCCCGGGGCUCGCGUGCAACGCAUGUCAGCCCUAGAAGGAUCCAGAUCGUCAGGAACUCACAGUGAUGGAGCAGGUGUCCUGACAGCAUUUGGGGACACGCAUAUUGGUGCUUACGAUUCCCCCGAAUCGAUCCGCGGCCAUCUAGCAAGUGCCCUACCAAAGCGCGGUGGUUCUCUGUCCAGCCGCUCUGCUCUUGACUCAAGUACGACAUCGCCGCAUUCUGGAUCUGAUCAAGCACGCAAUUUCUCUAGCCCAGACGGUGUCGCUUCUGGCCAGUCCGAGCAACUGCAAUUCUUCAAGGACUAUUAUUCCCAGGAUGACAUCCACCCGAACGAUACAGUUGCCACACUCUGGGCGUAUCAACCACGGGCUGGUGAUGAGUUCGAACUAGAGCGGGGAGACAUGCUCAAGGUCGUCGGCAUCUGGGAUGAUGGGUGGGCGACAGGAAUCAGACUCACUGAAUCAGCAGAGCAGUGGGAAUCACGGAAAGCCGAGCAACGUGACUCGGGUGUGAGCAAUGGAAGUAGGCGAUCACAGGUCGAGACCGAUGGCGAGAUUAAGGCUUUCCCGCUGGUGUGCGUGUGCUUACCACAACAUUGGCGGAAGACGAUUGAGGGCGACAGCACGGACACGCACGGGAGUGGAGGUGAUCGACCACCUCCAAGCCCUUAA